AUGAAAAUGGCUCUUCGGGUGUCUGUUAUUGUUUCCAACAUUACCCUUCUCUUCUUACUCUCCCUUUUGAUUUACUACAGUAUUCUUGUGAGAAGGAUGAUGAGGCUAAGAAAAACCAGGGAGAACUUUGAUAGCUAUCUGAAGGAAACCCAUUUAGAUCGUAUAUUUGCGAAAUCAUUACAAGAGAAAACAGAGUACAAAGCUCCACUGAGAUAUUCCAACAGUGGAGGAACUGAAAUGCUUGAAUCUCUGAAUCGAAGUCAAUUUCAUCUCGUCUUUUUGGCAUCAGCUAAUCCAUAUCAACGGGAAAACGGUACUACGUUUGAAACACAGAGAGAAUUCAUCUUGGAUGUUCGUCUGAAUUACACACCAGUUCAUCUCAUCAAUUGGAUUCUUGUUGUCAACACUUUCAUCUUCGUCGUGCUUCUUGCCUGCUUCUUAUUCAUUUAUAUAUGCUAG